ACAGAAACAGAGAUGAUUUUCUCUGCCCUUCUUGUUCUGGGCGUCUGCCUGGUUCCUGCUCACUCCAAACAAACAGGAGAACAUCUGGACAGUUCUCUCCUUCAACACUGUUUUGAGGAGGCAAAGAAGCUCGUUGAUGAUGCGUACAAGUACUCCAGAGAAGAGAGUCUGAAACGAGUCCGCAAGGAGGUGGUGAGUCCUCACGAUACUCUCCGUCUCGUGAAGCAGCCUCGUGGUGACACACGCUCAGCCGUGAGAUCUGCAGACUACAUGGCACAAACCCUCCGUCUGCUGCAGGAGAGGGCGCAUCAUGUGCACAGACGCUCACUCAAUGCAACAGAUUUGCUCUCUGAAGAGGAUCUGAUGAAUCUUGCCAGAAUAACUGGAUGUGCAGCUCGAGUCAGCCUUCCAUCAUGCCGCACCACACCAAACAUUAACAAGUAUCGGACCGCCACCAGCGUCUGCAACAACUUAAAGAACACUCGCCUUGGAUCUUCAAACACCCCCUUCGCCCGCUUGCUGCCUGCCGAAUAUAACGACGGCAUCUCCCAACCAAAAGGCUUCAACAACCAAACAAUAAACAACUUCUUUCUCCCACUGGUGCGUCAGGUGUCCAACAACAUCCUAAGCACAACAGACGCAGGCGUGGUCAACGACGAAGAAUUCUCUCACAUGGUGACCUUGUUUGGGCAGUGGAACGACCACGAUCUCAGCUUCACUCCCUUCUCCCCCAGCAUCCGCUCCUUCAGCAAUGGGAUCGACUGUGACGACAGCUGUGAGAGCACUGAGCCUUGCAUCCCUAUCCCGAUUCCUCCCGGCGACCACCGCUCUCAGACAGAAGAGUGCAUCCCUUCGUUCAGAUCCGCCCCAGUUUGCGGAACGGGAUACUCGGCCUACAAUUUUGGAGGAGAAGCCAACAAGAGAGAGCAGAUCAACACCCUCACAGCCUUCCUGGAUCUCGGCCAGGUGUAUGGCUCUGAGGAGAAGCUUGCCCUGUUUCUUCGCGACCAUCAGACUGAUGGCGGCCUGCUGCGCGUGAACACAGAGUUCAAAGACAACGGGCGUGAGCUGCUGCCAUUCAACCCUCUCACGGGGAACAUGUGUGCCAGUCGCGGAAGAUCCACCAACGACUCAAACGCCACAGAGGUGCCGUGUUUCAUUGCAGGUGAUGUCCGCGUGGACGAGAACAUAGGUCUGACAUCCAUUCACACAGUCUUUAUGCGUGAGCAUAACCGUGUGGCUCGUGCCCUGAAGAGAUUGAACCCACAUUGGGACAGUGAGACACUCUACCAAGAGUCCCGCAAGAUCUUGGGCGCUUACACACAGGUGAUUGUGUUCAGGGACUAUCUGCCUCACAUUGUAGGUGACGUCGCAAUGCGUACACAGCUCGGCCGUUACCCCGGCUACGACGCUAGCGUUGACCCCAGCAUCUCCAACGUCUUUGCAACAGCAGCUUACCGCUUUGCCCACUUGGCGGUACAGCCAGUCUUAUCCCGUCUGGAUGCAAACUACAGGGAGAACGCUAAUUUCCCCAAUGUCCCCUUGUUCAAGGCCUUCUUCACCCCCUGGAGGAUCGUCUUUGAGGGUGGCAUUGACUCUGUGCUCCGUGGUUUGGUCGGCCGUCCUGCUAAACUGAACACUCAGGAUAACAUGAUGGUGGAUGCUCUGAGGGAGAGGUUGUUCCAGUUUGUGAUGCAUCUGGCUUUGGACUUGGGCUCUCUCAACAUGGCGAGGGGACGCGACCACGGCUUGCCUGGCUACAACGCCUAUCGCAGGUUGUGUGGCCUGUCUGAGCCCAGGAACCAGGCGGAGCUCGCUCGGGUCCUGAAUAACACAGACCUGGCCCGCAGGCUGCUGCAGCUCUACGGUACGGCCGACAACAUCGACGUCUGGAUGGGAGGCGUUGCAGAGCCGUUUGUCCGUGGCGGCCGUGUGGGGCCUCUGUUCGCCUGCCUCAUUGCAACACAGUUCCAGAAGAUCCGCCAGGGUGACAGGCUGUGGUACGAGAACCCGGGCGUCUUCACCGCGGCUCAGAGAGCUGCUCUGUCCAGGGUCACCUUAUCCACGAUCAUCUGUGAUAACACCGGCAUAAAAACUAUCCCCACUGACGCCUUAAGCGUCAUCUCAAACAGGAACCGGCUCGUCAAUUGCAGAACCCUCCGAAGCUUGAACCUGUCAUCCUGGAGGGAGAGACCCUGCAGAGGCGCGGGCUGUAAUGAAGUCGGAAACGAGACUGCGAGCGACCAGGCCGCCGAGGCGCCCCCAGCCCCCAAGGGCCUCCAGGACAACGAGAUCCCUUAGGACCCCCAGGCCCCCCUGGACCGCCAGCUUUCAACACCAAUGCUACACAGCCACAAUCUGCCUUUUUUCUCUUUUGGGUUGAUGGAACAGACUUCAGAGUUUCACUGUAACUUUAUCUGUUGUAUUUUCCAUUCUAUAAAUAAACCAAAGAAACUGAGCCAUA